UGAAAUCUUUAUAUAAAAAUAGCCUACAAUACACUCGUGGGAGUUGGUAAACAAGAGCAUGUGUGGAUUUUGUGCGCACGCGUAUCUAAUUAAAGUUCCACAGAAUUAUUCUUCUGGCCUAUUUACUUAGCACCAAGUGACAGAGCCUGACACAUUCAAUGAACUCUCUUCAUAUGUCCGCUAAAAGAUUUCAAAAUACAAAGAAGAGAUAUUGUCAAAAUGGCUGAAUCUAUUGGUGGCACCAAUGCCUUACCGCUUGGCAAGAAAACGAGGAAACGUCCGACAACUGAACUGCUUUUAAAAUCAGAUGCAAAGUUACCCCAAAAGCAAAAUGUUAAAGAAAAAUCUUCUGAACAGGAAAUACCUGCUGAAUCAUCAGACAGUUCCAUUUCUGAUGAAGAUGGACUGGAUUACCAUAGUUCAGAAAGUUCUGAGAGUUCUGAAUCUUCAGCCUCUUCAAAACAUUUGCCUGGUCCUGAAGCUGGUUCAGAAACAUCAGAAGAAACAGACAGUUCAGAUUGUUCUGACAGCUCAGACGAUUCCAACAGUUCAUCUGAAUCGGAUAUCGAGGAAUUAAUUAAAAGGAUAAAGUCAAAUCGUACACAUAUUGAAGAAUUCAAUAAAGGCUUUUUAAACAAAAAUAGUCUGGAUACGACCAAGAAUCUUCCUCUAUUUAGUCACACAAUAUGUAACCCCUUAUUUCAUAAAAAGGUACCAAGUAGUUUAAGUGAAACCAAAAAGAAAAGAAGAAGCAGAAGUCAAAUGGAAAAAUUGGCUGAAUCUUAAUUUUUUUUGUUUUAAUCAUGACUUCUAGGCUUAAUUCAAAGCAGUUAAGUUUGGUUUUUUUUUUACCAAAUUUCUUAUUUACGUGCCUUUGUAAGCUAAGAUUACAAUGAGUUAAUCAUAUUUUUUUGCUACAAAAUUCAUAGAGAAUAAUGUUAAAACUCUAGCUAAACAGACAUUCCUGUAAUAUCUCUUGAGUAGGGAACUAAAGCUGAAAAUCAGGAUUGUUGUCAUGGAAAUAUGAAUUAAAAGCCUUCCCAUAUAAAACGACACAUUCAUAGCAAUGCAACAUUUAUAGAACAGUUUCAACAACGAACAUAUUGCAGCCCAAAGACCAUCCAAUGAAGAAUUACCCCUUUGG